CUACAAAACCCAAAAGUCAAGUCAACCAAAAGUUAAAGAUAUUUCCAAAUAAUAAUACGACAUGCAAGUGCAUUAUUAUGAUUGUAAAGUAAACGCAAACAGCACCUAAUAUAAAUACAUUUUAGUAACGCAAGUAAAAUGGCGGAAAUAGAAUCCGGGGAAGCUCAACCCAAUGCGGAGCCACAAGAUCAAGUAGAGCCACAAACGCAACAAGAAAUUAAGAAAACAUCUAAGAAAAAAUCUGACACUUUCCGCAUGGCUGACGAGUCGGCAGCAGAAUGCUUGUUCGACCGUCUCCGGCAACACCAACAACGGGCGCCCGACGCCACCGAGGUGGCGAGGGCCAUUACGGCGCGAAUAAACUCUCGACUCACGUCACAUGAUAAGCACAUAAGACAAACUUCUUUGGAAAAACUAUGGAACAAGCACUCGGGCGCGUUGCAGAUGCUCGUAUCUAUAUUGGAAACUUCGAGAGAUUCGGCUACUUGCACCUAUAUCACAUCUAUCCUUAGAGAAACGUUAUGUUUGAAACCUGGGAAAGGAAAAAGAUUAUCGGCAAACAACCUUAUGAGGCAGCAGUGUGCAGAGGACUUCAUAGCUAUGAAAGGCACGCAGGCAAUCGUGCGCAAGCUUCUUGGAAUUUUGCAUGAUAAACGUGAACGCCAUGCGAGCUCUGAGUUAUUGCAACAAGACCUCUUAUGGAUCCUUGCACCGCUUGGCUCUAGAGAUCCAAAAUUUGCAAUGAAAGUAAGAAUGUUGGGGUGCGUGCGAACAAUGCACCUUAUUCUGAAAGGUCACUUCACCGACAACAAGAUAAUUUUCCCUUUGUUAGUCAUCAUGAAACAACUUGCUAAAAACAGUGUAACCACAUCUGUUUUAAUACGUGAUGGGGUAAUAUCUACGUACGAGAGAAUCAUGGUCAGUUUGGGUUUCAUCCCUACGGCUAGAUUACGACUCUGCCUCGACGCCAUCGACUACUUCAGUAAAAACAAGGUGUGCUGCAUGCAGAUCGUGAAGACAGGCCUCUCUACCGUGCUUCUAAGGGUGUUCGACCGUUGGGACCGCUAUGAAGGGCGCAUGAGGCUCAAGAUAUGCGCUCACAUACUCCAGACACUACAGCACUUAUGCAAUAUAAAGGCGGGUCGUCGCGCACUUUGCACGAAGAAACACGUGCAGACAUUGCAUCGUUUCUGCUCCCAUUGCCCGGAUGAGCCAGAAUUCGACGGACUCUUGGCUAGAGUAUGUUCUGUUAUCACGCUUUGUCUCAAGCACCAAGCCUUGCCUGUCGCCGCGGCCAGCCCGGCAAUGUUCAAUCUCAACCCUAUACUUAAAGGUACAAAUACAUUAUGGCCGUGUCAAGAUGAAGAAGACAAUGUUAAUUCGGAUUCAAAGACAGUCAACUCUGAUGCGGAUGAUGACGGUCCUGAACCUGAUCUUGACAGUAUAGAAGAGUUUCCAGACUUUGAUCUAGAUGAAUCAGAGACAAAGUCUGAAACAAUCCCAGAGGACACAGAAAAGGUUAUUUCGAAAUCCGGCGAUAGCAUUCAAAGUGCUAUAUGGAUAAACCCCAACGAGAGAGAUAUAGAAGACUUAAAAAAAUAUUUUAUAUUCUUUAAGGAAUUUGGAUCUUACAAUAAACAAGUAAGAUUAGUAAAGAGCCGUUCUAACUCUCGAGGUUCUAUCCUCGAAGAUUUCUUGAUAUCACAAGCUAAUAUUAAGAACAUGACAUCAUCCUUGAAUUUGUCUCUCAGCACAGUUUUGGGUGCAAAUGAAUGCGACAAUUUAUUUGGAACUUCAUCUUCUUAUCAAUACUAUAAAGUUCACGAGUCGGCUUGUCAGCCUCGCCGGCGUCAACAUGGUUCCUCAAUGAUAACGACCAUAAAAAAGUACUUCCAAGGCUUAAAAAGGAUUUUCGGUGGUUGUGCAUCAACCUCGUGUUCUUCCCUUAAGAUACAUAAGGACAUAUCCAAGUACAGUCCGUUUUCAUCGGUAUAUUGCACAAUAUCUUCGAAGGUGAAGAGUGUCAUACCGUUUGUAAAAGUAGCUUACCCGGAUAUGACAGGUGGACAAAGCCAAAACAUACCUGAACCAUUGAAUCAAAUGGAGAGAACUGCAUGCAGAAAUAAGCUGCUCUCGUGCGUUGAUAGAGCGAUAAAUCCAGAAGCGUACAUGUAUGAAGUUAUUUAUGAUCUAGACCAACUGUGUAGUGGAAGUAGUGAUCCCAACACACCAAAGAGUUUAAGUUGUGAAAGUUUCUACCUAUGUAACAACGAUGAGCAAGAAGUCGCAAAGAUGAAUACGUUUUCUACACGGCUUAGUUUUGAGUCGAGGUUUGAGUCCGGUAACCUAAGAAAAGCUAUUCAGGUAGGUCCGAGAGAGUAUGAACUGAUUCUCAUGCCCGAUGUCAACUCAAACAAGAGACAUCAGUGGUUCUACUUUGAAGUGCGUAAUAUGCAGCAAGGGCGGCCGUAUAUCUUCAACAUCGUUAACUGUGAGAAAUCAGACAGCCAGUUCAAUUUCGGAAUGAAACCUGUCAUGUACUCUGUAAAGGAGGCUAUAUCUGGACGACAAGGUUGGGUACGUGCUGGAACAGAUAUUUGUUACUAUCGCAACAGCUAUCACUACGCGCACCAGAGGAACCUCAACAAAUGCUACCUGACUGUGACGUUCAAUAUCGAAUUUCCACACAAUAAUGACGUCUGCUACCUCGCUUAUCACUUCCCUUACACUUACUCGAUGAUGAUGGCUCGUAUAUGGCACUGGAGUUUGCAAAUGCCAGCUGGAGCAUAUUUACGCGCCGAGACACUCUGUUACUCUCUUAACAACAAUGAAAUUCCAUUGGUCACCAUAUCUGCUGAUGACACCCCGUCAAAUCCCAUUGUGGAACGGGAAAUAAUAUUUCUGACGUCGCGAGUGCACCCAGGCGAGAGUAAUGCCUCUUGGGUGAUGGACGGUACGCUUGGAUAUCUGCUAGGUGACACGCCGGCUGCUGCCGCGCUACGAGCCAAAUAUGUCUUCAAAAUUGUACCCAUGCUCAACGUCGAAGGUGUUAUCAACGGCUGCCAUCGAUGUGGCCUGACUAAUGAAGAUUUAAAUCGACGGUGGUGCAAACCUAGUCCCGUUUUGCAUCCUUCCAUUUAUCACACGAAGGGUCUGAUAGAGUACUUAGUUCGCGUGUGGAAGAAACCGCCACUUGUGUACUGCGAUUACCAUGGGCAUUCCCGCAAGAAAAACGUGUUCUUCUACGGCUGUGCCGGGGCCGAGAGCUGGUGCAGCAACGACCGGAUGGUGCAGGACGAACCCGUUAAGUACCUCAUGCUGCCAGCAUUGAUGCAUCGUAUAUCAGCCGCGUUUGCUCUCGGAUCUUGCUCGUUCAGAGUAGAAAAAGAAAGAGAGAGUACAGCGAGGGUGACCGUAUGGCGCCACCUCCGCGUCACUCGCUCCUACACUAUGGAAGCAUCUUUCUGUGGCUUCGACAAAGGUCCUUUCAAGGGCUUCCACUUAAACACCCAGCACCUGCAAAACGUAGGCGGUGACUUCUGCGAAGCCCUCACUAGUCUUAACGACGCCGCCACUAACGUAGACAUUCAGAUCACUAAAGAUCUUAAUGGAAAUAUCGUUGAGAUUAGUAUAAACGACCAGGGUGAAAACAGCGAGAUAGGAGUGGAUAGCGAGCCCGGCUCGGCACCUGACAGCGUCCUGAAGACGGAUUCAGAUGAGGACUUCGACUAGUUCACGUCCCAACAAACUAACUCAUUGUGGUCACAACAAUACC